AAGAAUUUUUGUUUUAUAUUACUCAUCAAAUUGCUCUAUAUUUGCGCAUCAUUUAAAUCACUGUUCAAUGUUGUUUGUUUGUUAUUUCAAGGCUAAUUUUAUGAGUUGGCGUUUAAAUGUAGAAAACAAGAUGCUAAAUUGAUUUCUCGUAUUACCAAACCUGGAAUGUGUGGUAUGGAUGCGUAAUAUGAAUUAUAAAUACAUUUCAGAUUCCAUUGCCGAACUCACCUAGUUUAUUGAAGGGUAUUUGUGUAGCUCAUUUAUUCCAGUUCAUGGAAAACUCUCAAGUUAACCAACUACUUUCUCUGUGCCUGAUAUAUGUGAGUAAAAAUAAUUCUAUUACCUGGAGGAUAUCGUCAAAAUAAUUUGAAAUUAUGUGGUACAGGUCGAGUAAUAGAAUGGCGACAAUUCGCAAACAGGAUGAAGACCACGUGGCGAAAGAACUGUAUAAUGUUCUGAGCACAACGUUCCCCGUAGAUAAACCCGCACCUGGGUUCAGGGGCCGCCCCUCCGAGAUACCCUCCAUCUACCCGCUCAGUCCGCUCAACUGUUGCGACGAGGUCUAUCCCAACAUCUUUGUUGGCGACUGGUCAUGCGCCAAGAACAAGCCCUACCUGAAGCGUAUCGGCGUGACGCACGUGUUGAAUACGGCCGAGGGGAAGCUGCCAGGUCAGGUGGACACGGAUGCCGACUACUACAGGGUGGCCAACAUUGCCUACCUAGGUCUGCCACUCUGCGACCUGCCUGUUACCAACAUCAGCAAGUACUUCAACGUGGCUGCCGACUUCAUCAGGGAUGCCUUGCUUAGUGGAGGCAAAGUGCUGGUGCACUGCAUGAUGGGCCUGUCCCGCUCGAGCACGUGUGUGAUCGCCUACCUGAUGCUGAAGGAGGGAAUGUCGGCGUCCAAGGCACUGCACAAGGUGAGGUCGGCGCGCGAAGUCAGGCCCAACAACGGAUUCCUCCAGCAGCUGGCCGAGUUGGAUGUCCAGCUCAGACGCACCCGCCGAUUCUGAUCCGACUAGUCGUCCGACUGUCUCAAAUAAUACAAGAAAUCGAUUUCAAUUAAUACCUGGCGAUUUUGAUGUUUGUUCCAAUCGACACUGCUACCAAUAAUGCUCUCUCUCAAGUAAUACAAGAAAAUUGUAUUCACUUGUAUCAAUUCUCAAUUUGUUUAAGAAUUAUUAUUUUUUGAAAUUAAUUGUCUCAAUUAAGAGUCAAGUAUCAAGAAAGAAAUUGAUUUCAAUAACAGUUAUGUUUUGAUUUUGAACACGGUACAUACACACCAAUAGGCUACGUUCUGUCUCUAAUAUUACAAAAAGUUGGUUUCAAUUGAAAUUCAUCUAUUUCACUAUCCAUGACGAACUGCAAGUUGAUAAUCCGUUUUGAACAAUUUUUGACGACACUACAGUCUAAGUUUUGAAUAUUAGUUAUUAAAAACUAGUACUCACGUGUGGAGCUUUUUCGGAUUUUUAAAAUAAUUCGAGUGUUGAAAAUGAAUUUCAAAAAAUCCGAAAGUGCUCCACACGUGAGUACUAGUUUUUAAUAACUAAUAUUCAAACAUUAGACUGUAGUGUCGUCAAAAAAAGUUCAAAACGGAUUGAAAUUAAUGAUUGUUUUGAAUUUAAAAUCGAUUCUUAGAAGGAGGUGGUUGUGAUUCGACUUCCAUUUUCCACAAACUUUUGUCACUUGCUUCUCCAUUAGUACACGAAAUUGGUUUCAAAGGAUGAAUAAAAUUGAUUAAUAAAUAAUAGUAUUAAUUUUGAAUAAUAUGAUUCAAAAUUAAUAAUAAUAGUAAUAAUUCAUUGUAAGAGAAUUUUCAAUGUAAAUGAAUAUGAUUAAAUUGAUGAUUUGAAAAAGAUUCUUGGUUUUUUUGUCAAUUAGGUGUUUUUAAAACGCAACGAAUGUUAUUUUUUUCGUGUAGUGAGUUGAAAGAUUUAUUGGUACCAUUGAAACAGAUUAAGAAAAAAUAUAUGAAUAAAAAAGACGAUUUUAUUAAAUAAAGACACCAAUUUAAGAUAGGACUAGGUAAAUCAAAAAUUUCGUUAAUUCCAAAUCAGAAAAUACAAUUAUUAAAUGCUAUUCAACAGUUCAGAAAUGUAAUUUAGAAGUUGCAAACGUAAAUGUAGUUUUAGCAAUGCAAGAAUUAGAGAACUAAGCUUUAAUUCCUUUGUGUUUUGUAUCCCUUUCUGUUAUCACUAGUUGUAUCACAUAGUGUUAUGAUACGAGCAAAAUCUACACUCCAAAGUUGAUGAAUCAAGUACUUCAGAUUAAAGCUAUCACGUGUUCAAAAGUGAGACAUUAAUUCCAAUUCAUAAAAUCUUGAUGAAUGUUUUAAAACCAAAGGGUGUUUAUUUAAAUAUUCCUCAUCUCUGGAAAAAACUAUUAUCAAUUUAUUUUCAGUGUAAAUUUAUUUAAUCUUUAAGAAAAAAGCCUGCUUCGGCUUCUAGAACCGAAAAACGUGCGCCCAAAUUUGUAAAUUUAGUUGCCUAUGAAUGGAAUUUCGAAGACAAUUUAGAUUUUUUUCAAUAUUUAUCUUCUCAAAACUUCUAAGCUAACUUACUAACGAAUUUUGUUUUUUUUCCAUCUGCUUUGACUAUCAGCUUCACGCAAUCACCAUAAGACUGAGAGAUUCUUGCUAGGUAUUUGUUUGUUGAAAGUAUGAAAUAUUUUUGACAAGCAAUAUUUUAUGGGAACAAAGACAGCAGAUUAGCUUUGUUAUGUGUAGCUAUUUGAAGUACACUAUUGUAAUUAAUGUACACUUAUAAAAUUACAUGUUGACAAUAAAUAUGUUGUGAAAAGAUACAUUCAGUUGGUUUCAAAAAAAUUAAGAAACUAUUUUACUCACUCUUGUAGAAGUACAAAGAUUAGAAAUAAAAAGUAUUAAAUUAUAUUGUAGUAAUGGAGCAAUAGAACUCAAUAAACUACUAGUCAGUUUAGCCACUUAACUACUAGUCAUUUAGAAGAAAUAGUUCAAUAAUAGAAAUAUAAAUCUAAGUUGAAAUGUAGAAAUGCUUCAAAUAAUUUAGUUUGAUGAAAAGUUCCACCUAUAUAUUUAUGUGUUAAUUUUGUUCUUUUUCCUGUGACAUACAAUCCUUUCUUAAAUCACUUACUUCUUUAACUUGAUUUAAAAAAAAAUUAGUUGAAUCCUUUUCAUGUGGGUUUUAGUCACAUUGCGUUUAGCUGAAUGUAGGAAUAUUUUUAAAAUUCAAAAAUGUACCAAUAUUUUUUGAAAAUUUAAAUAAUCUCAAUAAUGUAUCUGUUUUUAAUGUAUACAAACAAAGUAUUAGAAUUGUGAAACAUUUUUCAUCUUCCAAAUUUAUUAUUCCACCCGAGGAAAACUUCAAAGGUUGUACUAUGUAUAGAUUAUGCCAAGGAAAUCAAUUGCUAAAAAUAAAAAAUUGUAACAGAAUUAUAUCUAUAAAGAAAAUAAACUCCAAACUAUACACCAUAAAUUGUUGCUAGUCUAAUUGGCUGUUAGAUUUAAAGGAGGAUAAAAAUAUUCUAUUGUUUGAGAAAUGUGUCUUCCACAGAACAUAUCAUGUUAAUGAUUGCUUCAAAUGUCUUAUCAUGUUAACUUAUUUUAUGACCAUUUAUUUCUACUUUAUUUUAGUAUAAUAUAACGUUGCACUUUGCUUUAUUACCUAAAAUGUUGUAUUAAUAUUAUUAUCCAAUUAAAGUUUAAAACACA